AAAAAAAACAGCCCGUCUCUCUCUCUCUGAGCUCCGCUCAGCUCACAUUUACUCCUCCGUUUCUCUCUCUACUGUGAAAUGUGAAUGCGGAGCGCUCUCUCUCUCUCUCUCUCUCUCUGUGGGUCUUUUACCUGUGACUCCUCUAUUGUAUAUACUAUAUAGUGUAUACAUUCAUUCAUUCAUUCAAUUGCCUCAAUACCGAUGGUUUAAACCUCCCUGGGUAAUGUCGAGGAGGUGAGGUAAAAGGGAGGAGAAGACGUUUCCAAGUUUGAGGAAGUUCAGUAACUUCACUCAAUUGCCCCCAGCUUCCAAGAAGAAGAAGAAGAAGAAGAAGAAGAAGGAGAAGGAGAAAGAAGCAAAGAGAAUGCCGUUGACGAGGUACAGGAUUAAGAAUGAGUACGGCCUGGCCGAUCCGGAGACGUACAGAUCUGCUGACAAGGACGAUCCCGAGGCUCUCCUUGAGGGUGUUGCCAUGGCCGGCCUCGUCGGCCUCCUGCGCCAGCUCGGCGACCUCGCUGAAUUUGCUGCUGAGAUAUUCCACGACUUGCAUGAAGAAGUGAUGGCCACUGCAGCUAGAGGCCACGGUCUCACGGUACGUAUUCAACAGCUAGAGGCGGAAUUUCCUCCAAUUGAGAAGGCAUUGUUGUUGCAGACAAAUCAUUCAUUAUACUACUCCAACCCAGGUAUUGAGUGGCAUCCCAAUUUGCAAAUGGAACAGAAUCUGAUCACUCGAGGAGAUUUGCCUCGCUUUGUAAUGGACUCUUAUGAAGAAUCCCGGGGUCCACCACGGUUAUUUCUUCUCGACAAGUUUGAUGUAGCUGGAGCAGGUGCAUGCUUGAAACGCUACUCUGAUCCAUCAUUUCUUAAAGUGGAAACAGUGUCAGAUAGCCUCCCAACGAUGGAGGUUCAGAGGGAAAAGAAGGUUCGCAAGACAAAGAAAAAGGGGUCUCGCUGGAGAAAUGGAGAAACCCCAGAAACGGUACCAGCACCACAUGCCAAACUGCAUCAGUUGUUUAUGGAAGAGCGGAUUGAGAAUGCUUAUAAUGAUCCUGCACGGCGAGUGAAGUUAAAGAGAAGGCCAUUGAAUGAAUCUCCAUUUGACUCAAAAAAGAGUUACAUGGAGAAGUUUGUGGAGACUCCCUCACCCGAGAGUAAAACAAUAUGUGAAGUUUCUGUUGUCCCGUUGUCUCUGAAGUGGACGGAAGAUGAUACUAGUGAACCAGGGCUUGAAGUAAUGGAAGUCAGUACAUUUAGUCCAGUGAAAGAUAUGUCGCAUACAAAUGACAGAGAUGAUUUAUCACCUAAAAUUCCAAGAAAGCAAUUCAUGGAUGACGUGAAAGACAUCGAACCAACAAUCAACAGAGAGACAGAUGAAGUUUCUUCCACCUCCCAUGCAGCUGUGGAGGAAAAGAAGUUAAUGGUUAACGGAGAUGGUAGUAUGGAUGGGUACCAUUCUGAUGAGAUGACAAGCGAAGUGGAGAAUUACAUGGAUGCUCUUGCUGCCAUUGAGUCAGAAAUGGAGACUGAUAAUGACAACAGACCUAAACAUAGUCGGACUGUUCUCAACGUCGCCAAAAGUGGGACAGAUUCUGAUGCAAAUGAAGAUGUGGAGCUGCAAACAGUAACUUUUGGUUUUCAAUCAGUGGGAAACUCUGCCUCAGAUGAUGGGAACAGCUCCUAUGAGAGAAACUCUAGUUCAUUGUGUACUGAUGGGGGGAGCAGCAUGGGCUAUAGUUCUCAGUUUGAUGGUGACAGAUUUUUAAGGGUGUUCCCUCCGCAUGAAAAUACUAUUACUGACUCCCGAAAUCUGCCAGAUGACCAGCCUUCCCGCAACAAAGAGGCUUUUGGCAUGGAGUCUAAAGAGUUUACAGUUUCCACUGCCACAUGCAUUGGGGAAGAUGCAAUUUGUGAUUAUAGAGAGGCUUCUCAAACUUCACCUUCUGCCAACUUAGAAUCGAUGUGCAUGCCUCUGGAUACUGGAUCUAGAUCACCUGUGGGAUCAGAACAAGAUGAGACAUCAGCAAACCAUAUUAAACGUGCUCCUGGAUUAUCAGACUCUGAUGAACCCAGGGGAAAUCAUGUUGAUUCCACAGCAGCGUCUGAUGAUGUGCCUAACCAGACGGAGUGGGAUAAUCUGGCUACAGUCUCUACUAAGAGCCUUCCUGUGGACGAGUUGGAAAGUAGACAUUUCAGAGUCUGCUCCAUGGACGCGGAGCAUCCGUCAAAUAAUCUGGAACUGACUUCUGAAAGUGAAAGCAGAAAUGAAAUGCCAAAUGCUGGGGAUUUAGCUGAAAGCUCUGAUGGAAUUAUGCCGAGGAUGGAGUCAUCACAGUCAAGGUUAUCUUUAGAAGAGCAGCAUCAGUUCUCACCACGCGCAGGAGAGGAUGGGUUUGCUGAUCGUACAUUCUCAUCUGCUUCAUUUUCGCGGGAUUUAGAUGAUGAACAGGCUUCUGCUAUUGGUGAUGAAGUUACUGGUGCUAUGCUGGCACCUGUAGUUGAUUUGGAAAAGUCAAUGGUCUCGGCAGAAGAGCGACGAAUCCAUGUCGAGGACCAAAAGUUGUUAGAUGAAGUGGUAAUUGAAGGGAACUUGUCAGAUUUGGAUCUGCAACAUGAGGGAGGAGAUCAUGAAACUUCUUGCACACUGGACAGUGAAGAAAUUGAUAGCUGCACCUCUAAUGUGGUGGCAGAUGGAAGAGAAUUAGCGGCUUCUAGCCAUCUUGCUAUCCCACAUGCAGAAAGUGAUGUUUGCUCAAAUUCAGGUGACCCUAUGCUGCCGAGAGUUGGUUCGGGAGAGUCAGCUGUCUUGGUAGAUGAAUCAGAGGUCCUUGUUGAGGACCAGCAAUUUCAGGGUGAGAUGGAGAAGUUGACUUUGCAUAAAGAGAAUUUGUCAGAAGUGGAUAUCCAAAAGGAAGAAAGGAGCUCUGAAGAGAUUACUCUGGAUGGAGAAAACACAGAAAGCCUCAGUUGCAAUGUUGAGGCCGUGGUUGGAGUCACUGUUCCUCUUGCUCCAUCAGACAGUGACAAUUCUGUGUUAGAUGACUUGGUCACUCGAGAGGUUCAAGAAGUAGGCGUUGAUACCUCUCAAGCAUCUCUUGCUGACAUUGGAGGAGUGCCUCAAGAAAGGGCGGAUUUGUUUGAGGCAGAGUCACCCAGUGGGAUGAAAGAAUCGGGUGUAGAAGGGACAGUAAAUGAAGUAGAUGUUGCUCAUGCAGAUUUAGAUUCUGUAUCCGCUGCAGAUUGGGAUCCCAUGGCUCAUGGUGACAACAGUACUGCAAUGGGUGCUAGUGGGUCCUCUCCAUCUGUGCAAACCCAGACUGGAUUCUCCCAUGAUAUUAGAGCACCUCCAGUGGAUUUGGAGCUAGAAAAUUCCGACCAUGUCCUGUUAAGAAUGGAAGAUGCUACAGCAGCUUCAGAAGGGUCAUCAAAGUUAACGGUUGUUGAGCCUACUGUUGAUUCACAUCUUGCAGAUGAUGACACUCCUAAGUCGCUGAAAUUCUACACUGAAAGAGUUCUAUCAAUGGAUCACUCAGAUCAUCAGGAAACUGCCUUCCUCUCUAAUUCAGAAGCUGUUCUAGAGUACAAAUCAGGGUUGCUGGAGCAAGUGACUGAAGCUACACAGUUACCGGAUUAUAAAGAUGAAGAAGCACGAUCCACAAACCAAUUGAAUCAAGAGAAACAGGAAGGCUCCUUGGCAAAAAUGCUGGAAAACUUCUCGAUCCAACAACCUUCAUUGAUUGAAUCCUUGCAGGGGCCAGUGUUCGAUACUGGAGUUCAUAACUUUGGUCUGCUUUCUGAAGGUGGAGAAGUUAAUCUGUCGGAGAUGCCUCCUAUGCCUCCUUUACCUCCUGUUGAAUGGAGGAUGGGGAAGGCGUUGAAUGUUCCAUCUACUCCAGAGAGGAAGUUUCCUCAGUUUGACUUUGGCCAUUUCCCAUCAUUACAACCAUCCUUAGCUGACGAAAACCCGCAAAUUGGAUUUCCCACAUUUGGGGCAGGAACUCAACUCUCUCAUCAUAAUCCCUUUUUGUCCUCCCCCAUGGGUUUGGAGUCUGAAAAUCCAGGCUUGUCUAAUGCUUAUGCUACACAAAUGCCACCCGUGGAAAGUGCUUCGAGCGUCCUGUCUAAUAACAUGGAGGUAAAACCAUCACCAGGCUCACUCUGGUCAGAGCAGACAUCUGGGGAGCCAUUUGAGCAAUAUUCCCUUCUAUCAGACACAAAAUUGAUUCAAGUAUCUCCCUCAUCACCAUCAGUGAGAGAGGAUAUUACUUCGAAGCAGCAUCAUGGGUCUCCGGCAGCGGAACUUGCCCAGCCCCAAGACCAAUCGUUACCGGAGACACAUACAGAAGUCAAAGACCUGCAAAACAUUAAUGAAAAUGCAGAUGGGCAAGAUUGUUCUGAUCCGACAAAGACAAUGCAAGAGCAGCACAAUUCAUUGAACUCCGAGGAGGAAAGAAUGGGGUCCACAGAUCCAUGGGCUUCACCUCCAACUAAUGAAGGUGGAAAGUCCAAUGGAACUUUAAUUGGAAAUAUACCUCGUCCUCCAAAACCUCUCAUUGAGGCUGUUGCGGCGCAUGAUAGAAGCAAGUUGAGAAAGGUUGCUGAGCGAGUGCGACCUCAGCUUGCACAAAAGCUAGAAGAAAGAGAUUCGCUGCUAGAGCAGAUACGAACCAAGUCAUUCAACUUGAAGCCUGCCACUGCAACGAGAACAAGCAUUCAGCAGGCUCCCAAAACCAACUUGAAGGUUGCUGCUAUUCUGGAGAAAGCAAAUGCAAUUCGACAGGCAUUGGCUGGAAGUGAUGAAGAUGACGAUGCAGACAGUUGGAGCGAGUGAUUGCUGAUUGAGAUGAAACGCCCUCAAAAAGCAGGAAGUCUGCUGCCGCAGCCACUGUUUCUUUCGUUGGCUGCAAAUAUAUCUCAGGCUUCCGGUUCCCAUUGAUAGUCGAAAAGAAAAAUUUUUGUAAUAUAAUGCAUUCUUUCCCUCUAUAGUCUUCCUCCCUCUCUAUUGUAUAGCAUCUCAAGUCCACUGCUUAUAAGAUGUGUGCCUUGUAGAUUGUGAUAUUCCGUAUACACCUAAGUCCAGCCUCGUAUUAUAUGGAAAAGCUUUACACAUAGGAAAAAGGACCCAUCGGCCGCAGCAUGCAAGCGCUGUUGAUCGAACCGCCGGUAUUUCUUACAAUUUUCCAGCCUUCUUGGCUUUGCAGUUGAUGUAUAUUUGUGUGGAGAACGCUCUUGUGUAAUUGUAUUCUGGAGAUUUUAUGCACUGCAUUUCUUUACUUCA